CAUCCUUGCGCAAAGAUACUUCCCACUUUCCUCUCCUUUUCUUGGCCUAACAUGCUGCCAAGAAAAUUUUCUCUUUCAAUUCGAAAAUAUCAAAGAAGGAAAAGGGAAUCGAAUGGCGUCUUCCCUUGUUCUCUCCUAUCCUUUCUCUUGCUUACCAGAGCGUAAGCGUCUUUCCCUCAAUAACCCAAUAAAACCUUUAUGGGUCACCUCAAUUCCUUCCCUUAGAAGACCCACAAAAUUCCUUCCCUCACGUUCCUGCAAAAUUUUGACUCGCGCUUCCAUUAAAGAUGCCGAUACAAGUAGCAGCGGCAGUAGCUCCGUGUCUGAUGAUGCGAUUGUAGGAGAGGACUCGGCAGCUUUUGAAUUGGGGAAACAAAAGAUAUCAUCUUGGAUAUAUUUCAGUGUUAUAUUGGGAGUUGUUUUGUAUGUGCUUGAUUUUGCUUGGAUUGAUAACUCUACUGGAUUUGGAAAGCUAUUUAUCGACGCUGUUUCCACUCUUUCUGACAGCCAUGAAGUUGUAAUGUUAGUCCUGAUACUCAUUUUUGCCGCUGUUCACAGUGGCUUGGCUAGUCUAAGAGAACUGGGGGAAGAAUUUAUUGGAGAACGAGCAUAUCGUGUUCUGUUUGCUGGGGUCUCUCUUCCACUUGCUGUUAGCACUGUUGUUUACUUCAUCAAUCACAGAUAUGACGGAGUGCAGUUAUGGCAGCUUCAAAGUGCUCCACCACUACAUCAACUUUUGUGGAUUUCAAAUUUUAUCUCUUUCUUUUUUCUCUAUCCUUCAACCUUUAAUCUUUUAGAAGUAGCAGCUGUUGACAAGCCUAAAUUGCAUCUUUGGGAAACUGGAAUAAUGAGAAUCACUAGGCAUCCUCAGAUGGUUGGGCAGGUGAUCUGGUGCUUGGCUCAUACAAUUUGGAUUGGAAAUUCUGUAGCUGUUGCUGCAUCUUUUGGCUUAAUUGGACACCAUUUAUUUGGUGUAUGGAAUGGAGAUAGGAGAUUAGCAAAGCGAUAUGGGGAGGCUUUUGAAGUUGUAAAGAGGAGAACGAGUAUAGUUCCAUUUGCUGCUAUUCUUGAUGGCCGCCAAAAGUUACCCAAGGAUUACUACAAGGAAUUUUUGCGGUUACCAUACUUUAUAAUUACUGCCCUGACUUUAGGUGUGUAUUUUGCGCAUCCGCUUAUGCAAGCUGCUAGUUCCCGGCUUCACUGGUAAAGUGUUAAAAUACAAAUAAUGGAAAUCUGAAGUAUCUGGGGUUGUGCACUCAAAGAAGAAAUGGAAGCAUCAAAGCAACAUUUACCAUCCUUUUAUAAGCGCGACAGCUUGAAUAAAACAAGAAGAAAGGGUAGUAAGUAUUGAAGCUGCGGGAUUGUUGGUUAGCAUAUGUUGCAGAAAGCAAUGCUUGAGGCAACUGGGAGAUUUUGGGUACAAUUGUGGAGGAAGUUAGAUUGAUGCAUUUGUGGUGGUUUUUGGAAAUGGGUUUGUUAAGAGGGAGGAUUUUCUACUUAUUGCAACACAAGUUUACCUGCUGAUUGAGAAGAUUUCUUGCAGCUUUUUUACUUUUUAUUUUGACUUAUUCCACUUUUUUUUUUUUUAUCACAUCUUUAAAUUUUUUUACUUUGUAACUACAAGCUGGAUUUGGUUAGCAUAUUGGUGAAUAAUAACAUAAAUGUAUACUUUCAUAUUUCCUUGAACAAGAAUUGUGAAGUGGGAUUAUAAUUGUGGUAUGCAGUUAA